AUGCUACUCACGGCGUUGGUUUUGUCCUUGACCAUCACAGGGAACUGGCUCACCGAGUUGAAAGAAGCUUACGAUGCCUUCAUUCUACCUUCCAAUCCGUCCUCAUUGAACCAUAGUGGGUUAUCCCAUGCCGAAAUCGCCUAUCUUACUUUAGAAAACCCAUGGAACGUUGCAAACUCUGCUCUGUAUGUUGUUAGUACCCUUCUCGGCGAUGGGUUUAUGAUUUAUCGUCUCUACAUUGUGUGGGCCCGAAACAAGUAUAUCAUCAUCCCGCCUGCGCUUAUGUCUAUGUCGUUGGCAGUCACGGGGAGCAUGGUCACUUACCUGUUCUCUAGGUCAGCGGAAGCACCUAUUUUCGCGACGGCUGGGGCCUGGAUUACAGCCUCCUUCACACUGACGCUCAUAUGCAACCUGUAUUCUACGUCGCUUAUCGCUUUUAAGAUCUACCUCUCAAAUCGCCGCUUGGCACGGUUACACACACAAAGAGUUGGGUUUAAUAAAAUUAUGGAAAUUCUUGUUCAGAGUGCGGCGCUGUAUAGUUUCUGUCUUAUCCUGUCUUUGGCGACGUACAUCGCAAGUUCCAAUCUAGUGCUUAUCACUGUCGGUGCUACCAAUCCAAUCAUAGUAAGGUUCAGCUUCCAGUGUAUUAUGGCAAUCACCCAGUGGAUUUCAUGA